AUGGUCGUUCUUUUACACGAAUUGGUUCCCCGGACUGAGGACGAUGGUCAUGCCCGUGGCCAGCGAGCAUUAGUGGUGACAGCAGUUCUCACUGGGUUGGCAGCAUUGGUUGUUGCUUUGCGGUGCUAUGCACGUUUCGGUUUGAUGAAGAUCACCGGUCGUGAAGAUUGGGCUAUCCUGAGUGCCUUAACCUUGUCAAUCGCCUACUGCGGACUUGUCGGUGCUCAAUUGCACUACGGAAUGGGAAUUCACGAGAAAUAUCUCUCAAAAUAUGUUCUACACCAACAAUUGAAGUGCUUAUGGGCCGCCAUCCCAUUAUACAACGCUAGUCUCGGUUGCACCAAAUUCUCCAUUCUCUUCCAAUAUCUCCGCAUCUUCCCCGCUCGCUGGUUCCGCACUUGCUGCUAUGUGAUCAUGGCAGUCGUCGCCACCUAUAUCACCUGGGCCGUCGUCAGUGGCUACGUGAAUUGUGUACCAGUCGCCAAAUUUUGGGACCCCGAGAUCCCAGGCUACUGCCUCAGUUUCGACGCCGUCUGGUUUUUCAACGCAUCCAUGAACAUCGCCACAGAUGUGACUCUUCUGCUGCUUCCAAUGCCGCUGCUCUCCGCGCUCCAACUCCCGCGUCUACAAAAGAUCGCUCUGAUGGGUGUCUUCGCUAUCGGUAUCCUUGUCGUUAUUACCAGCAUCCUUCGCCUCUCCAGUCUUAGUACUGUCGCCAAGAGCUCAGAUACCUCCUACAGCAACGUCGGAGCUGCAUACUGGACCGCAGCUGAAUGCAACGUCGCCAUCAUCUGCGCCUGCCUCCCCUUCCUCCGUCCAAUCGUCAGCGUACUCUUCCCCAAGCUUCUGUCGACGAACAGCUAUAACCGCUACACGGGCAAUGACCCGAUCACUCCUAACCGGUUGACUGGAUUCACGGCUCACCGCUCGGCACGGCAGCAGAGCCAGCUGUUCAGCAAGAACGAGGAUCGAGAUUAUGAUGUUUACUCGAUCAAUGUCAAGCCUGGCGACAGGUAUAAUCGAGGAUCACUCGGUGGUGGUAUUGAAGUUACCACUGAGAUGAUGGUUAUGCAGGAGACCAAACAUGACGAGACUAUCAGCGAGCGACGACUCGUCAUGGAUUCUUGA